CGGCGCUGGCGAGCCCACAACAGUCGCAGCCAGCGGUCCUCCCCUCCGUGACACUGCGAGGCAGCGAGCGCGCAGCCCGCGGCCGAGCGCACCUGGGCAGCAGCGCCUGAGCUUUCACCGCGCCAUGUUUCAACCCGCCGAGCACGCCCAGGACUGGGCCAUGGAGGGUCCCCGGGACGCGCUCAAGAAAGAGCGGCUGCUGGACGACCGCCACGACAGCGGCCUGGACUCCAUGAAGGACGAGGAGUACGAGCAGAUGGUGAAGGAGCUGCGGGAGAUCCGGCUUGAGCCCCAGGAGGCGCCGCGCGGCACCGAGCCCUGGAAGCAGCAGCUCACCGAGGACGGAGACUCGUUCCUGCACUUGGCCAUCAUCCAUGAAGAGAAGGCAUUGACCAUGGAAGUAGUCCGCCAAGUGAAAGGAGACCUGGCCUUCCUCAAUUUCCAGAACAACCUGCAGCAGACUCCACUCCACUUGGCUGUGAUCACCAACCAACCAGAAAUUGCUGAGGCACUUCUGGAAGCUGGCUGUGAUCCUGAGCUCCGAGACUUUCGAGGAAAUACCCCCCUACACCUCGCCUGUGAGCAAGGCUGCCUGGCCAGUGUGGGAGUCCUGACUCAGACCUGCAGGACCCAGCACCUCUACUCCAUCCUGCAGGCCACCAACUACAAUGGUCACACAUGUCUACACUUAGCCUCUAUCCAUGGCUACCUGGGCAUCGUGGAGCUUUUGGUGUCUUUGGGUGCUGAUGUCAAUGCUCAGGUGAGUGCUUCAUGUCUCCAGAUGGAAUGCAUCAGCUUCCAGGGCCCUCCUCUAAGAUUUCACAUAUUUUUGUUGCAAGCAGAAAUUCCAAACUCAGCUGUAAACAUCUCAAAUUCCUAUUGGUUUCAGGAGCCCUGUAAUGGCCGAACCGCCCUCCAUCUUGCAGUGGACCUGCAGAAUUCCGACCUCGUGUCGCUUUUGUUGAAGUGCGGGGCUGAUGUCAACAGAGUCACCUACCAAGGCUACUCCCCGUACCAGCUCACCUGGGGCCGCCCAAGUACACGGAUACAGCAGCAGCUGGGCCAGCUGACCCUAGAAAACCUUCAGAUGCUGCCAGAGAGCGAGGAUGAGGAGAGCUACGACACGGAGUCAGAGUUCACAGAGGACGAGCUGCCCUAUGAUGACUGUGUGCUUGGAGGCCAACGCCUGACGUUAUGAGCUUCAAAAAGUACCUAAAAGAACAUGGACUUGUAUAUUUGUACAAAAAGAGAGUUUUAUUUUUCUAAAAAAAAAAAAAAAAGAAAAAAAAAUCAAAAGGGGUUACUUACAACCAUACUUCACACUGCGUGGCCUGAAACAUUUACUCUUCUGGAUCAGCCCCCAUUUUUUUUUUUUUUUUGGUGAACUUUGGAAGGGGGACAAAGAAGAUCGUUGGAAUUCAAAGAAAACCACUUUCAAGCCUCACCUCUAUGGGGUUUUUGGAGAAGGUUAUCCAAAAAUGUGAUGAAAGGAUUACAUUUUAUUUAUUGUGCUUUUGCCAUUGAGUCACCAUGGAUUCCGUGGCUGAGCUCAGUGGUAUCCUGUGACGUGUAACAACCAGGUGUGUUGUUCAACCUUUUGGCGGUGUGGGGUUAAAAGUCACUACCUAUCAAGGUUUGUGUUACCCUCCUGUAAAUGGUGUACAUUGUGUAUUUUGUUGGUAAUUAUUUUGGUACUUCUAAAAUGUGUAUUUAUUAAACAGAUUUUUACAAACAGAA